CUGGCUUACAGGGUUGAUGGUGUUCGAAAGACUCCGAAAGUUAUAUGCCAUGUGUUUGAAUCUGACGAAGCAUCAUUUAUAGCGCAAUCAAUCGGUCAAGCUUUCCAGGUUGCCUAUGUGGAGUUUUUGCGUGCGAACGGCAUUGAUGAUCCAUCCUAUCUCAGGCAAAUUGACUAUCAGGAAGUUCUGAACUCACAAGAGCUACUGGGAGACGAGUUGGAAAUGUUUGCCCGAAAAGAAACCCAAAAGGAUGUGGUUGUUCCCAAAAAGAGUGGAGAGCCUUUGGGUGUUGUAGUGGUGGAGUCUGGCUGGGGUUCAAUGCUUCCAACUGUAGUCUUGGCACACAUGAAUCCAGCUGGUCCUGCAGCUCGUUCAAAUCUGCUCAACAUAGGGGAUCAGAUUAUAAACAUCAAUGGCAUAUCGCUCGUCGGGCUUCCAUUGUCGGCUGCUCAAGCAAAUAUCAAGAAUGUGAAGACUGCUACCGCUGUGCGAUUGACCGUGGUUUCAACUCCUCCAGUCGUUGAAGUGAGGAUACGACGGCCUGACACGAAAUAUCAAUUAGGCUUUUCAGUACAAAAUGGAGUCAUCUGUUCACUGUUACGAGGUGAGUUCCACAUCUUUUAA